CUCAGCCGUCGUAGCAGUGAUUCAAUGCAUUCAUGUUUGCAUUGAUUGUGAAUUGAGUUUUGAUUUUUUGAAUCACAUGUCCGUCUCGUCAGUGAUUUAAUUGGAUUUAAUGACUUAAUUGUGAGUGAAGUGUGUGUUUGUAUGCAUAGGAUUGGGGCACACAAUGAGUGAUAAACAAAAGAAAAAUUAUAUCACAAUAGAUAUCAUCGCAAAAGGGGGACCGACACCGACGAGGACGCCAUGAGUCCAAGAGUGGAUCCAAUGAUGGCGGCGAUAGGUAUGACAGGAGUGAUAGGAGUAAUGAUAGACACCAUCGACGGCACGACCACCGGUCCGAUAGGGAUUCAAAUCAUAGGCCGAAAGGCAGAGACUAUUCCUCGAGUUAUCACAGAGAGAGUGAUCGCAGAGACGACCGCCGGAGAGAGCGCUCCAGAAAUAGCGGUCAUCGGAGUCGCAGCCGAAGUCAUAGUAGGAGUCGAAGCGGCGAACGAAACGCCGGCAAAUGUGCAGAUAAUAGGAGUUCCAGACAUACAGAAAGUAUUCCUCCGAGGAUUAAGCCCAUAGAGCCCGCCAAUGGUGGCAACCCACCGGAGAAGGGACUUCAGCACCGAAUCAAUUUGGAUCUCAUGAAGCAACAAAUCCAGAUGAGGACGGGUAUAGCGGUUCCCGAUUACUAUAACCCGGGAGUCGUUAAUCCCAUCAGAUUUGCAGAACAGGAACGCAAGAGGAAACUCCUGUGGAGUCGAGGGGACGACACCAAUAAACCACAGGAGUCGUCGUCAUCAUCUGUGGUGCCGUCGGUGUCAUCGGCGGACCCGUCGAAAGCGAAGCCGAAUCAGUGGAAUGGCUUGAAAUUUGAAGGCGAAAAGGGAACUGAAAUGACGGAAAAGUUUCGAAAAUUGAUGGGAAUUAAAGAUAAGGAUUUGAGCGCUGAGGAGGCAUUGGCGACGAAGAAUGAAAGUGCGAUCGAAAGUCAAGAAACUCUGUUUCGUAAUCUGGAUCUCCAGUACUCCAUCGCCCGCCUCUCGACGCACACACAGCGUGGCGUCGGUCUCGGGUUCGGUGGCCCCCAAAAGUAGAGGGGUAUCACCGGGGGGCUCAGGAGCUAUAGGCGCUGUGUUUUGUGUGAUUUAUCUGGUGGUGCGAUCACCACACAAAUGAGUCUAUUGGGUAAGUGUAACGCACACCACCACUACUGCCAGCGCUCGUAUCGGCCGUGCAGUCGAUUUGUGUGUAAAAUAAAAUAGUGUACAAAAACUUUUGCGGACGAUAUGUGUGUUUGAGUGAGAAGUUUGUGUCGAGUCUUAUGACUCGCGUUCACCUGAAAUAAAAGGGAAAGUUUUACGAUUGGUGUCAAUGACCGCUUGAUUGCAAGUUUAACGCUUUGACCCAAUUUUAUCGCAUCUCUAACUUCAAGUACACCUCAUAUACACCUCUCAUCUGACUAUUAAACACCGAAAAACGACUAUUAAUUAUUCCAUCGAUUAGAUCUGCAUUCAACACAAAUUCUUUGACUUUUUUUUAUGCUAUUAACCACUUCUCUCACACAGAGUUUGUGUUUCGUUUGCCG